GAAGAAGAAAAUGAAGAAUUCUCCAUGGUAGGAAAAUUAAGUAUGACAAAAAUACUCAGACUGGCCGGUAACAUCAACAACUGUUCAUCUGACGAAGCCGAUGAUCCAGAUAAUCAUGCAGAUGGAAAUAUAGCCACUAAGGCUGUAAAUGCAGAGUCAGAUGAAGGGUACCAUGGUAGCGAAGAGCACAAUCUUCGAGUGGGACCCGCUUCGAAUACUCCAAAACAGUUGGCCCUCACUGAUGAAGAACUGCUAGCACUUUACCCCUUAGGAGAGCUCUCUAGCCUCCCGAAACGCUGGCAAAGAGGAGGAAAGGGGCACAGGCGUAAGAAGGCCCCCCACUAUGGUUCUAUAUCGACUGAAGUGCGGAAGAUCCUACUAUGCAACGUCAAGCUUGCUGGCCAUUUGGAUACUUUUCACCGGCGCAAAGCUGAGGCUAGGCGCUUCACCGAAACAAACCUGUGCUACCCUUCAUCAUUCUGCCUCAACAACUCGUCAUUCCAUCAAUCAGGUCAUAUUCGGCGGUGCAGUGCGGAGCAACUCGUCCUGAAGCGGCAUAAGCACCUCGCCCAGACACUUGCCAAGCGAAGAACUUAG